AUCUUUACUUUUGUUUUAUGAGGUUUCAACAUGAAGAAUAUCACUGAAGUUACAAUGUUUGUUCUGAAGGGCUUCACAGACAAUCUAGAACUGCAAAUUAUCCUAUUUUUCCUGUUUCUAGUGAUUUAUCUGUUCACUCUGAUGGGAAACUUAGGGCUGGUUGUAUUGGUCAUUGGGGAUUCCCGGCUCCACAACCCCAUGUACUAUUUUCUAUGUGUGUUAUCAUCAGUGGAUACUGGUUUUUCCUCAGUAAUUACACCAAACAUGCUAGUAGAUUUUCUGUCAAAGAAUAAAAUCAUUUCAUUCCUUGGAUGUGCAACACAGAUGUUUCUCGCAGUUACUUUUGGGACCACGGAAUGCUUCCUCUUGGCUGCAAUGGCAUACGAUCGCUAUGUGGCAAUCUACAACCCUCUCCUGUAUUCAGUUAGCAUGUCACCCAAAGUCUAUGUGCCUCUCAUCAUUGCCUCCUACGUAGGUGGCAUUUUGCAUGCUUGUGUACACACACUGGCCACAUUUAGCCUAUCCUUCUGUGCGUCCAAUGAAGUUAGACAUGUUUUUUGUGACAUCCCUCCUCUCCUUGCUAUUUCCUGUUCUGACACUCAGACCAACCAGCUUCUACUGUUCUAUUUUGCGGGAUUUAUUGAAAUAUCCACUAUCCUAAUUGUCCUGAUCUCCUAUGGCUUCAUCCUGCUGGUGAUUCUGAGGAUGCGUUCUGCUGAGGGGAGGAGAAAAGUCUUUUCUACAUGUGGCUUUCACUUAGCUGGAGUGACAAUUUAUCAUGGAACAGUUCUCUUCAUGUAUGUGAGACCGAGUUCCAACUACUCUUUGGAACGUGACAUGAUAGUGUCAACGUUUUACAGCAUUGUGAUUCCCAUGCUAAAUCCCAUCAUCUAUAGUUUGAGGAACAAAGAUGUACAUAAGGCAAUAAAAAGAGUGUUUGGGAAAAAUGGGUUUAUCAAUAAAGUGUCUUUUUACAGUUAA